CAAAGAACUUGAUUCAUUAAAACAACAAGUAAUCGAAUCAUUAUCUCCUUUCCAAGCAGCAUGUUACAAACCUAUACAUGAUGGGAAAGAUGUCUUAAUUAGAGCAAAAACCAGUAGUACUGAUGAAAUAAUGGCACUUGCAUUACCAAUUAUUGAGAUUUUACUUUGUUCCACAUCUUUGCCAGAAAAUAAGUUUUUUAAUACAGGAGCCAUAAUCAUGACACCGACAAGAAACUUGGCAAAACAAAUUGUAUCCGAGUUUGAAACAUUAACAAUUAAUACUAGUUUAAAAUGUCUAUGUAUACACAAUUAUCAUGAUGUAAAAAGUUUAUGUAAUGGAUUUGUUGGCAUUUUAGUUGGAACACCCGGAAGGAUCUUAGAUUUUGUCAGUUGUAGUAAAUUAAAAUUAACCAAGUUGAAAAUUAUUUGCCUUGUAGAGACUGGAGACAUGUUAAAUAUUGGAUUCUCAAAACCAUUGGAGACCAUAAUAAAACAUAUUGAAAAACAAACUCAAGAUCACCAAAUGCCAAAAAUUUCUAUUUGGGUAAAAUAUAUUGUCAAAAGAUAUAUGAAAAAUCAAUAUGUAGAAGUUGACUUUUCAAAAUCUUUGUCUGAAAAGAAAAAUAUUAAAAUUAAUGAAAAUUUGAACAUAAUAGAAGGUCCAACAGAAAAAAUAUAUAAAUAUAACGUAUUAGAACAAAUUGAAAAAAAAAUAUUGUUUCCACUUAUAGGAUUAAUCAAAAACAUAUCACCAGUAAUUAAUUCUGGCGGCAAAUACUUGAGCUGGGAAGAUACAAUCCCUGAUAAUACAAUGACUGCAG